UUCAUGAUAACCUUUAUUUUACAAAUCAUAUAGAUGAAAGCCGAUUAAAGUGGGGCUGAACUGGGAAGCUGCUUUCAUUAAUUUGUUGCUGAAAUUAGCUGACAGCAAGACCUACAGAAUACGAGUACUAGAGAACAAGCUAGCCAUCCAUCAUUCAUCAGAGGUUCAAACCACAUUCAUCCAAUCUGAAAAUCUGAUCCCAUUUUCCAGAGAGGCCAAUGGAGAAUAUUCAACAUUUCAACCACCGUCAUCCCCUGACAUUAGUCCUCCUUAACGCAGUGGAUGAUGAUCUUCGUCGCUGUGAAAUAUGCUUUGAAAUAAUAAAACGGGUUUCUGAUGAUGGUUACGGAUGCAAAGAGUGCGGUUUCUACAUACAUAAGUCAUGUGCUGUAUUUCCCUAUGAAUUGCAGCAUCCCUCACAUCCCAAACAUUGUCUUCUCCUCGAACUACAUCGUUACGAACAUUGUGCUAAUUGCAACUCCUAUAAGUUCGAUUUUAAAUAUAAGUGUCCUCAUUGUCAUGAGUUUUAUCUUUGUUCUGAAUGUGCAUUUCUACCGCUCACCAAAAAAGCUGAAAAUCACGACCACCCAUUGACCCUUAUAGAGAAAUUCUCGUCAUUCAUGUGUGAUCUUUGUUUGAAGGGAGACAAUGGCAUGCCUUACUUUUGUCUCACCUGUUCAUUUAUGGUCCACUCAAAAUGUACAUCUUUACCAUUGAUUGAAUGGUCGCCCACCAUACAAGCUGCAAUUCACAGCCAUUCAUUGACCCGUCAUAAAAAAAAAUUUUCAUUCACUUGCGGUGCUUGUGGGAAUGAAGGCAAGGAUGCAUUUUACUUUUGUGCCACUUGUUUAUUUGUGGCCCACCUAGAUUGUGCCCUUUCACCAUCAAUCGUCGAAGUAAAAAGGCACAAGCACCCUCUCAAUCUCAUCUACUCUCUUCCAGCCGACCAAUCCAAACGUAGAGUUGUGUGCCAGAUAUGUGCUAAGACGGUGGACACGAACUACUGGCUCUACUGUUGCUCAAGCUGCGAUUUUGUUGCUCACCUUCAUUGUGCUACAACGGAAGAAGAAAUAGAUAGUCCAUUUAUGCGGAAAUCUAAAGAAGAUCACAAUAAUAAAUCUAUUGACUUAUUACAUGCAUAUAUUGUCAAAAAGACCAAACCAGAAGGAGACGGAACUGAAAUACAUACAGAAAUCAAGCAUUUCAGUCAUGAGCAUGACUUACAACUCACCGAUCAUGGGUCUGGGAUCGACAAAAAGUGCGAUGGGUGCAUUAGGUCUAUCUUUCCUCCAUUUUAUGAAUGUGCUCAAUGUGGAUUCUUUCUUCACAAAUCGUGUGUUGAAUUACCAACAGAAUUGCGAAGCUCACUUCAUCAACACCCCCUCAAGCUCUGCUCAAGAUCAGAACAAGAUCAGGAAUUUGAGUGUGAUGCUUGUGGGCUUCUUUGUAACGGCUUCGAUUAUCGUUGUGUCAAAUGCAAUUUUGACCUUGAUGUCCAAUGCAGUUUAAUCCCUGAUAUCCUUACACAUCCUUGUCACGAACAUGACCACCAACUAAUUCUUGCUAGCUCAUCAGAAGCCAAAACGUGUAGUGCUUGUGGAUCAGAGGGAAGAAACAAUUUUAGUUGUGUUGAUUGUGAAUUCACUUUAGACUUCAAGUGUUUGACACAACCGCAUACGAUGAACUACAAGAAACAUGAUCAUCCAUUUACACUUUGUUCUACUUCAGAAGAUGACUCUGGUGAAUGUUACUGUGAUAUUUGUGAAGAAAAGCGAGAUCCAAAGUGUUGGUUCUAUUAUUGUGCUGAUUGUAGUUAUCCUGCUCAUCCUGGAUGCAUUCUCGGAAAAUACCCAAAUUUCAAUUGGGAAAGAAUUCUUAUCUCCUUCCCACAAAGAACUUUUAAAAGAGCUUUUCACCAAAAUCCUCUUACUGUGGUUCUGAAGACAUUUGAUCGAUGCUCGGUAUGUGGUGAAUUAAUUUUAGGAGAGUUAGCUGAGGAAUGUGCCGAGUGUAAUUUAAUUAUUCACGAAAAGUGCGUACUAGUAAAAAAUUGAGAGAGUGACAAUAGUAUGGUUGGUAUUUACAUGUAAUAGGAAUUAGAUGGAGAAUUGUUGUAAAGAUCAGUACUUCAUGUGUAU